AAUAGUGGUGGUAGAAGAGGCAGUAGAUCCUUCAGAGGUCAUGGCAGGGGAUAUAACGGCCACCGCCUUCCCAAUACUGGUGACCGUGGCACAGGACGUGGUGGGGGCAGAGGUGGUCCUCAAUGCUUUCAAAAACAUGGAGCAUCAUCAGCGUCACAGCAAGAGCCUUCCACUGAGAAUAUAAAAUCUACAGUUGAAGUGGGACCCUUGGCUGCUUUACCUAAAGAAACAGCUCAAACUGCAGUGCCUCCUAAGGCAUCUCCGUCUACACCAGCAGUGGAGAAGGCUCCGUCAAGCAGGCGACCACCACAGGGUGCAUGGUGUGAGCUUUGCAGGGUUGAGUGCACCAGUUUGGAAAUCCUUGAGCAACACAAGAAUGGCAAGAGGCAUAAAAAGAACCUGCAGAAAACUGAAGGGUCAAAGAGUGGUCUCAAACCUGGCAUAGAAAAACAGAAUGGAAAGAAACUUGCAGCCAAGCCUGAGAAUAAAGGAUCUCAGCAUCCCGACAGUGCCCAAGAAGGUGAGGAGAAAAAGGCAAUAGAAAAUUUAUUGGCAGAAUCUGUUGGUAGUGAAAUUUCUGUGGAACCUAAACAACAAAUUAACGGAGAGAAACCUACUGUAGUCACUGUGGAAGAAACCCCUCGGAUUGAUUGUUCUGACAGCCAGAGGCAUAGAAUGAAGAGGAAGAUGCGAGGUGGUCAGGGAGGGAAGUGCACGAAAACUUUAGAAGCUUCAAGGCCGAAAAUUGGACCUCGCAAACGAAAGGCUGUAAUUCCUCUCAUCUGUGACCUGUGUAAUGUGAAGUGUGAUACUGAAGAGGCUUUUGACGGCCAUCUUUCUGGGAAAAAAUACACUGCUAAGCUUAAACGAUUUGGGCCUGUGGGAAUUGAAGUUCUUUACCCCCCUAACCCAAUUGCGCAAUCAAUGUUGCUUCCUCAAGGCAAUCAAGAAACUGUUCAUAGCCCACAAGGUUCACAUCGUGCAGCCGGGGCUUACAUGCCUUCACAAAUUCGCCAAGCAGCACCAGCAGCAUCAGGUUUGAGUCUCCAGUAUCAACAAAAUCACGACCAGAUUGCUCCCGAGAAUGCCGUUAUAUUGGCACCUGAAGCCUAGUACCUACUAGCUACAAGUGAAGUUUGGCCGUGGCUAGUCAGCCAAACCAGCUUUUGGAAUGGUAAUACAGAGUUCAAACUUUAGGGAAUUUUUUGCUCUGCUCCAUAGCAGAAUUACAGGGACUAGUUGCUUGGUCCUGUGGUCCAUAAAGCUGGCCCAGCUCUUAAAUUUGCUGCUGAUACAGGUCAUCUGACCUUAAGCAAAUGAAUGCAUGGAAACUUUUUAGACUCUUUUAGCUCUACCUAAGCAAAUAAUUGCUACUCUUCUUUUAAACAAAAACAUGUGAAAUAAUGAAAUUUGGAUUUUGCCUUUC